CUAGAGACCAUUAUUUCCAUCCUAGUAGUGGUAGUAUUUGUUCUGGGAAAUCUUGCCAAUGGCCUCAUAGUUCUGGCAAACUGCAAUGACUGGGUCAAGAGACUAAAGAUCUCCUCAGUGGAUCGAAUUCUUACUGCUCUGGCUGUCUCCAGGAUCAGUUUGCUCUGGGUAAUAGUAAUAAAUUGGUAUACAGCUAUGUUUAAUCCAGCUUUAUAUUGUUCAGAAGUAAGAAUUACUGUGUCUAUUGCUUGGGCAGUAAGCAACCAUUUCAGCAUCUGGCUUGCUACCAGCCUCAGCAUAUUUUAUUUGCUCAAGAUAGCCAAUUUCUCCGGCCUGAUAUUUCUUUACGUCAAGGGGAGAGUUAACAGUGUACUUCUUGGAAUACUGUUGGGGCCUUUGGUCUUUUUGUUUUCUCUUAUUGCAUUGGCCAGCCUAGAUGAUAAAAUGCCGCCUAAUGAAUGUGAAGGAAACAUGACUUGGAAGACAAAAGUGAGGGACAUUGUGCACCUUUCAAAUAUGAGUAUACUCACACUGGCAAACGCCAUUCUCUUUGCUAUGUCCCUGGCAUCUUUUCUACUGUUAAUCUUUUCUCUGUGGAAACAUGUCAAGAAGAUGAAGCUCCAUGGUAAAAGAUCCCAAGACACCAGCAUGCAGGUCCACCUGAGAGCCAUGCAGACUGUGAUCUCCUUCCUCUUGCUAUUUGCCAGUUACUUCUUGAGUCUAAUCCUCACAGCUUGGAGUUCAAAUAGGAAGCAGAACAAGCUGUUCUUCCUGCUUUGUGAUGCUCUUGAAUUGGUCUAUCCUUCAAGCCACUCAUUUAUUCUGAUUUGGGGAAACCAGAAGCUAAAACAGGCCUUUCUGCUGGUGUUAUGGCAGGUGAACUCCUGGCUCAAAGAAUGGAUACCUUCAACUGCAUAG